GAUUCGGAUGAAGAUGUUGAUACUAAAGAAUCCGUUUUGAUCAGCGAGGAUGGCAAGAAGACAUUCAUUCAACACGUUGUUGUACCAUCGCAAAAAGAAAUCGAAAGUUUAAUUUUGGGAAGAAAGAAAGCGCUGCUUUUUGAAAAAUAUGUUGGAUCCUCAUCUGGUUAA